AUGGAGGAGCAAAGAGAACGCGCAUACAAGGCAGUUGCCUAUGCAGCUGUAACAUUCUCUCUGAUAUCAGUUUUAUCAGUGUGUAUCACUAUGCCAAUCGUCUAUAGUUUUGUUGAUCAUAUACAACAACAGACACGGAAAGAUCUUCAAUUUUGCAAAUCCUCAGCAAGAGAUAUUAUGUCUGAAGUAGCCAAGAAACAACCGAUAACUUUUGCAGCUGCUGCAACCAACAGAACAAAAAGGCAAAUUGGAGCCUGUGAUAGUUGUUGCAAACCUGGACAUCCCGGAAGGCCAGGACCACCAGGAGCAAAUGGAAAACCAGGCACACCAGGAGCACCAGGACGGCCUGGUGCACCUGGGCGGCCACCGAUAGUUUGCGAAGAGGUUGAUAUUCCGCCAUGCAAUCCCUGCCCACCAGGACCAUCAGGACCGCCAGGACCUAGUGGUAUUCCUGGAAAUCCGGGAAGAGCCGGACCACCUGGCAGACCAGGAAAUAGUGGCAAUGCUGGUCCACCAGGACCCGUGGGACCACCAGGAGCACCAGGUCAGCCAGGAGCUGACGGCGAAAGAGGUGAACCAGGAAGACCAGCAUCAAGUACACCUGUACUUCCAGGCGAUCCGGGUCAACCGGGUGAACCAGGACCCCCAGGCUUACCUGGGCCAGAUGGAAAUCCAGGCCGUGAUGGACAACCAGGAAGUCCCGGACCAAAUGGACCACCAGGACCACCGGGACCACCUGGAAAUCCUGGUGCUAAUGGUGAAAUUGGUGCACCCGGUCAACCAGGUCCACAGGGUGAACGAGGUAUUUGUCCGAAAUAUUGUGCAUUGGACGGAGGUAUAUUCUUCGAAGAUGGAACACGAAGAUAA